AUGUGUCUGCCCGUGGUGAGUGCAACACUCCCCCAGAAGCAGAAACUCAGCCUGAAUCCAGACGGCGCGCAGCUGAGCUUCACGUGUGUAUUUUCAAAAUGUCUAGGCGCCGUCGCUAAGACGGCCUCGGCCCUGGAGCCAAAGGCCCACGUCUCCCUGGAGCGCUGCCAACCGGAGGCAGCUUGUGGAGAGAGCCCUGGACGGCGCCGCGUCCGCCGCUGCGGCCCCCACGCAGGCUGCUGCCUGCGCUCGGGCUCCCGCCAGCCCUCUCCGCUUUAA